AUGGCGUCGCGGACGGCGUCCAAGGAUAUCAUCACGCUGCGAGGCUCCGCCGCCAUCGUCAGCGAGUUCUUCGGAUACGCGGCGAAUAGGUACAGUACAGUCUACAGUGUCCGGCAGACGACGGCGGCAUCGGUGCCGAUCCAUCAGGGAUUAGACCACAUCCUCUACAACCGCGCGGUGUACCCGGAGGAGAGCUUCACCAAGGUGAAGAAGUACGGGCUCACCAUGCUGCUCACUCAGGACGAGGGGGUGAAGAACUUCAUCGCCAGCCUCACCUCCCAGCUCUCAGAGUGGCUGGAGGCCGGGAAGCUGCAGCGGAUUGUGCUGGUGAUAAUGAGCAAAGCCACCAGCGAGGUUCUCGAGCGAUGGAACUUCAACAUCGUCACUGACGCCGAGGUCGUCGAGAAGGGGGCCAUCAAGGAGAAGAGCGACAAGGAGAUCAUGAGGGAGAUUCAGGCCAUCAUGCGCCAGAUCGCCUCCUGCAUCACCUACCUCCCCUGCCUCGACGAGCCAUGCGUGUUCGACGUGCUGGCCUACACGGACACGGACGUCGACGCUCCGGGCACCUGGGUCGAGAGCGACGCCAAACUCAUCGACAACCCGCAGAUGAUUAAGCUACACUCCUUCGACACGAAGAUUCAUAAGGUGGACACGCUGGUGUCGUACAAGAAGGACGAGUGGGACGAGGAGUGA